AUGGAUUACACGACACGAAUCCUUUCCCCCAGCCCGGACGAUGAGCUCGCGGACCUCCCUCCGAUCUUGAUCGACGCGGAACGUCCGGACCGCUCCCUCUCACGCCGCGAGUACGUCUCCGCCGUGAAGCGCAUCGCCGUCGGCCUCGCGCGCCACGGCCUCACCGACCAGGACGCCGUCGGCCUCCUCAGCGAGAACGACAUCUACUACUACGUCCUCGGCGACGGCGUCGUCGCCGGCGGUGGCAUCUUCUCCGGCAUCCCGACCUUUGUCAAGCAGGCGGAGCUGGCCACCGCCAUCCGCGCCGCGGGGCUCAAGUGGCUCUUCGUCGCGCCCGAGUUCUUGGACCUCGCCCUCGCAACGGUCCGGGAAGCGGGCCUGCCGCCCAGCACAGUCCUCGUCUUUGACCCCCCGGGUCUGGAGCCCUACGCGGGCGGCGUGCAGGCCAGCCUGAGCGCCAUCAUGGACGUCGGCACGGAGGCGGAGCACGCCUUCCGCAACGUCAACGAAGGCGGGGACCCGGCCGCGCGCGAGGCGUUCCGCUUCUUCACAAGCGGCACGACUGGCGCGGUCAAGGCAGCCGUCAUCACCCACCAGGUCGCGAUCGCGAGGGCCGACCUCAUCGCCGCCAUGCCGCCGCCCACCGCGCACUUCCUGCUGGUCAUUGGCAUGUUCCACGUCAGCGGCGCCAUGUAUCACACGCGCGCCAGCCUGGGCGGCGGCAGCGGCUUUUCCACGUACAUCUCCAGGGCCCGGGAGGCGGCGGCCGUUAUUGAUCGGAUCCAGUCGCUGGGCAUCGGCACUACCAUGCUGACGCCGCCGCUCCUGGAGGCGAUGGCGGCCGCGCUUGGGGCGGGACCGGAGGAGCGGCGGCGCGUGGCCUCGCUGCGGCAGGUGUUCUUCGCGGGGGCGCUCUGCCGCCAGCAAGUCGUCGAUAACAUCCGGAAGAUGCUCCCUGCCGACGCCGUGGUGCUGACUGGCUACGGCGCGACUGAAUUGCCUGGAAUUUCUGGCGUUGCCAUCACCGACGAUUGGGUCACCGGCUGCGUCGGCCAAGCCCUGCCGUCUACAACCAUCAAGAUCGUGGACCCCGACACUCUGCAGGAGGUGCCGCCCGGCGCCCCCGGCGAGGUCUGCGUCCGCAACGCGGCCACCUUUACCCGAUACCACGACAGCCCGGAAGCUACCGCCACCGCCUUCCUUCCCAGCUCCACCGAGCCGGGUCGGUGGUUCCGCACCGGCGACAAGGGCGCCGCGGACCCGGCGACGGGCGCGCUGACGCUGCUGGGCCGCUUCAAGGAGAUCUUCAAGGUGCGGUACGAGGAGGUGGCGCCGGCCGAGGUGGAGGGCGUGCUGCUGCAGAACGCGGCCAUCGCGGACGCGCGCGUGACCUCGACGCCGGCCCGCGACGACAGCAAGGACAACGAGUGCCUGGCGUACGUGGUGCGGAGCGCGGCGGGCGCGGCGCUGACGGCGCAGGAGGUGGUCGUCUUCGUGGCGGCAAGGCUGGCGGCGCACAAGGCACCGACGGGAGGGGUGCUCUUCUGCGAGGAGAUCCCGCGCGGGGCGAUGGGGAAGGCGGUCAAGAGCGAGCUGGACAAGGUGGUGCCGCUGCCGGGCUCGGCGCGGGAUCUGGUGAUUCCUGCUCACUAA